AUGUCUCGAAACUUGCGCAUGGUGAUUUUAGGCCGCUUCGCUUUCCUCUUGAGCUCCGCCUUCUGUCUCAUCUAUUUCCCGCACCUGAUGCUGACCGAGGAGUACAAGCUGAAGCAAGCCAUAGAUCGGGCUGGUAUUGUCCAAGCAGAUGUGCAGCCACCAGGCUUAAAAGUGUGGUCUGAUCCAUUUGGAAGGAAGUGAAGAGGCUUGUUUCUGAUCUGAAUGGGAAAAUAAAACAUCUUCAUAUCC